AUGCUAGGACUUGGCAGUAACAAGUUCGAUCCAUCCAAGGAUAUUCCAGACCUCAGUGGCAAAGUAUAUGUGGUCACAGGAGGUAGCUCAGGCAUCGGCUAUGGCAUCGUCGCUCAUCUCCUCGAGCACAAUCCCAAAAAGAUCUACCUUCUCGGCAAAGAAGAAGAGCACAUCCAAGAAGCAGAGGAAGGCCUAAAGUCUUACGGCAACAUCUCCAAGAUUCACUCAAUCCAAAUCGAAUUCGAAGACCUGGCCCAGACCGACCAGGUAGCUAAGCAGCUGGCCUCAGAAAUCGAUCAACUGGACGCUCUCGUCCUGAACGCUGGCCUAGGCGUGGGCGUCUAUAACGAGACGAAAGAUGGUCUAGACAGCCACUUCCAAGUCAACGUUGUUGCGCAACACCAUCUCAUGAUGAUGCUACUUCCCGCUCUACUGAAGACUCCCCACAGUCGUGUAGUCUACCAGUCCUCAGAAUUCCACCGCAUCAACACCGGAAGCGUCGAAUUCGCCGAUAAAGCUGAGAUCAACCAGGACGUUGGAGCCGCGAACCUCUACAAUCGCACCAAGCUUGCUCAGGUCUGUCUGGCAAAGUCGCUAGUGGCGCAUAAAGCGAAGUCAGAGCUUGGUCUCAGUGCUGGACAGCCUCCAUUCUUCAUAGCCACGCACCCGGGAGGUGUGAAUACCGAUCAGCCUGAGCAAGCGAAAGAAGCUUAUGGCACUUUGGGCAAGAUUGGUGUCGCGGCGGUCAGGCCAUUCAUGAAGGAUCCCGUCAGCGAGGGCUGUCGGCCAGCUUUGUUUGCUACUACACACGAGGAUGUGGUGGGUGAGAACUUGGACGGAGCGUAUAUUGUGCCUGAUUGCAAGGUCACGGAUGUAGCAAAUAAUGCCAAGGAGACGGGCUUGCAGGAGCAGUGUCUGAGGCUCACCGAGACACUGUUGGUGGAGAGAUUUGGCAAGCUACCAUACCCUACGAUGUAUGCAUAG